AUGAUGAGGGCUUUUCCACGUGCAUUGGUCAGAACUGCUACUGUCACUAGAGCUAUUGCUCCAAUUCAAGCCAGAGCUUUCAUUCCGUUACGUUCUACUAGUUUCAAUCCAAUCAGGGCUUCAUUGAGAGCCUAUUCUGACGAAGCCAAACCAGAAACUGAAAAGACUGAAGCCUCUGAAGAAAAUUUAACUGAAGAGCAAAAAAAGAUUAAAGAAUUGGAGACUAAGUUGAACACUAAGACCAAAGAAGCAGUUGAAUUGAAGGACAGACUUUUGAGAUCUGUUGCUGAUUUUAGAAACUUGCAAGAAGUCACCAAGAAAGAUGUUCAAAAGGCAAGAGAUUUUGCAUUGCAAAAAUUUGCUAAAGAUUUGCUAGAAUCUGUUGACAACUUUGGUCAUGCAUUAAAUGCCUUCCAAGAAGAUGAUAUCAAGGGUAACAAGGAAAUUCACGAUCUUUACACUGGUGUUAAGAUGACUAGAGACAUUUUUGAGAAAACUUUGAAAAAACAUGGUAUUGAAAAAUUGGAUCCAAUGGGUGAGGCAUUUGACCCAAAUAAACAUGAAGCUACUUUUGAGUUAGCACACCCAGAUAAAGAACCAGGUACCGUCUUCCAUGUCCAACAAAUUGGGUUCACUUUGAAUGACAGAGUCAUUAGACCAGCUAAGGUUGGUAUUGUUAAAGGUAACGAAGAAGAUAAAUAA